GCUGGGGCGCGCGGCGGCGGCGCCAUGUCGAUGGAGGACCCCUUCUUCGUGGUGAAGGGGGAGGUGCAGAAAGCUGUGAAUACUGCCCAGGGGCUUUUCCAGAGGUGGACAGAGCUCUUGCAAGAUCCCUCCAUUGCCACAAGAGAAGAAAUCGACUGGACCACUAAUGAGCUCAGGAACAACCUGCGGAGCAUCGAGUGGGACCUGGAAGACUUGGAUGAAACAAUUAAUAUCCUUUCUGCAAACCCACGGAAAUUCAACCUCGAUGCGACGGAGCUGGGUAUCAGGAAAGCCUUCAUCACGAGCACACGGCAGGUGGUCAGGGAAAUGAAGGAUCAGAUGUCAAACUCCUCCAUACAAGCACUGGCUGAAAGAAGAAACAGGCAGGCACUCCUGGGAGAAAGUGGGAGUCAGAGUUGGAGCACUGGACCUGACAAAUACAGCCGUCUGGACCGGGACCUGCAAUUAGCAAAUUCACACUUCAUUGAAGAGCAGCAAGCUCAACAACAGUUGAUUGUGGAGCAGCAGGAUGAGCAGUUGGAGCUGGUCUCUGGCAGCAUUGGAGUGCUGAAGAACAUGUCCCAGCGCAUUGGCGGGGAACUGGAGGAGCAAGCAGUGAUGCUGGAUGACUUCUCCCAUGAAUUAGACAGCACUCAGUCACGGCUUGAUAAUGUCAUGAAGAAGCUCGCCAAAGUGUCUCACAUGACAAGUGAUCGACGGCAGUGGUGUGCAAUUGUUGUCCUCUUCGUCAUCCUGCUGGUGGUGCUCAUCCUGCUUUUUGUCCUGUGAUGGACUGAACUUCCUGGGAUGCCCCCUCCCUGCCCCCUCGGCCCGGUGUCACAGGGAAAUGAAACUCUCACCGUUUCCGUCCGCACGCAGAGAUACCUGACCCCGGCUCUCAACAUUCUCCUCUGAGGACCAUGGUUUGGCUCUGCUGGUGUCUCACCGGGACCUGGGGAGAAGGGGUGCAGGACUGGAGCUGCCUCCUCCCCCAGUGCAGUGUGAUCUGGACCUGACCUUCAGGUCUGGACCCAGGCAGCUGGAGGGGGACUUGACCCCUUACCCUUUCACCUCGUGCAGGUAGGAGCCGGUUGCAGCACUCCCAAGCCGCCUGUGGUCGGAUGCGAACACAGAGCAGCAAGCCCUGGGGAGGACAGGAGCGGGGAGGAAUUAGUUGAUUCACUGAGCAUUACAAACUGCAUUGCCAGCCUCCAGUGCUUGCCAGCCAAAGGCAUUACUGGGAGGAGUGGUGGUGUGGAAGUCCGUGCAGCCCUGGUGAGUGAGGGGAGCCCUGGCUGAACUCCCACUGCCCCACACUGCCUUCCUCCCAUGGGCUGGCUCAGUGCUGCUGAUCUGCUGCCGAGGUACCACAGUGAGUCUCCAGCUGAGCUCACAUCCACCACCGCUUGGCAGAAGCUUGCAUGCAGGUGAGCCAUAGGGUGUCCUGUCCUGUCCUGCCAUCGGCUGGCUGGGUGCGAUGAGAAACCCCAGAGCUUUAAACUUGGGUUGCUGCACACUGAAAGCUGGCAAACAACCGUUAGCCAGAGAGUGAAUUUCUUAAAGCUUUUAAAAUUGCCUGCUUCGUUAUACAAGCCUCUAAAGCUCAUUGACUGAUGCUUUCUUUGCCCUUGUAUAACUGCUUCUGUUUAACAGCUGCUUCCCUUUGGCAAGUGAUUUGUCAGGUCUAAAAUAACUUAUUUUUUUUAAGGAAAAACCAAAAACUUUAAAGAUGUUUUUGAUGACCGUUCAAGCCCCAUAUUCUCUGCGGGUGCACAACAUGCAUUGUCAGAGGAAUGAGGCUCCAUUAUGUACUUCGAGUGCAUAUGAACUUGUAAAUAGGAUGUCUUAAUUUUCCCAACUGCUUUUUUUUGACACCUCCAUUGUGAGCAACUAAAAGGCAGGAGAUUUAAAGCUAGGUCACAUUCCUGUAUUACUUCCCAGUCCUGUUAACUUUGAGUUGUCUCAGCAGUGUUGGAUAGCCUAGUUGUCUCCCUUGUACAGUGAAUUAAAAGUCAGCCAGGUGGUUGAUACCA